UUUCUUUUUGAAGGAUUUAUAAUGAUCAAGAAAUCAUCUCAUGAUUGAAUGUUGUUCCCAAUCACUUCAUCAUCACCAUCAGCAGCAGCUGCUCUGCUCUGCUCAUAAUUAAUUUUUAAGUAAGGGAGAUGCGAACUUUGGAAGAAGAUUCGUGUAAUCAUGAUGAUAUCGAUAAUACUGAUAACUAUUCGUUUGAGAUAAAUGAGAGUUCUUCAACUCUAAGCAUUCUUUCUUCUCCAUUGUUGCUUAUCGAAACCCUAUCUCGCAAGAGCUUUUCAUAUGGGAAACUACCCUUAGAACCUAUCAAACUUACUGUUCUCAAAUUAGAUGGAUCUUCCUUCGAUAUUACUGUUGCCAAGAACCCUACGGUGGCACAACUGAAGCAGGCCGUGGAGGCUGCUUUUAGCCAUUUGCCCAAACAUGGAAUUGGCAAGGUUUCUUGGUCACAUGUAUGGGCACAGUUCUGCUUAUGUUUCGAGGGUCAGAAGCUCCUUCAAGAUCAAAAUCCGGUCGGUCUUCAUUGGAUCAAGGAUGGUGAUCAGCUUCAAUUUGUUCGACACACAUCCAUUUGUUACAAUCUUGUAAAGGAAAGACCAGAAAAGCGAGAUUAUGAGUUGGAAGAGUCCAAGGCGUCACCAAGCAAACCAGAAGAAUACAAAGACGCGGACGUGCAAGAUGAAGAAAAUGAAAAGGAGGACAUUGCUGUUAACAUCACAUGUGAAUGCAGCUGGGGUCAGCUAUUGAGACGGUUGUUCUCAUAUCGCAGACAAAAAGGUCGUGAUUCAAGUUACAAGGAGCUUGGUAGUUCAAAGUCAACCGGUAUCUCCACCUGAAAUUUGGAAAGGUACGUGAAAGGGUCGAUCUUAAUUACCAAAAAGGUGACGAUGUUAUAUGCCAUUCAUUGAUUUUAUCAGUGUAUAAUGAGUUUAUAAAAAUACAACAAUCUUGGUUCUUCAGUUACUGAUUGAAGCAAGAAUAUUGGCCAACACUUGAUAUGUAUUUGUGUAAUUAACCCUGCAAUAGGAGAUCAGCAACAUGUCUAAAACUCUGCUUGAGUUGGCCAUCAGUCAUUUGUGAUGAAGAUGUAGUAUGAUUUUUUCUAUUGGUUGUAAGCUCAUCCACAAUGGGAUGGUUUAUAAGCAAAACAUAGUGGAGGGUUCUAACAAGUCACCAACAUAUUUGAGU